GCUUCUGCAACUUUCCAAAUUCUCGGCACUAGAGCCGUGUAAGGAGGAUGGCAGCCCUGACUCCAUACACAUACAUUCAAUGCCCCUGUUCGGACUCGUCGAUGUUCGGGCGGCCGUCGGGCCCCAAUUCGCCGACAGGCGCUGAAGGCGACGAGGACGACCGCACCUUCGACCCUCGCGCCCCGCGGUCCAACUACAGCCUCUACCCGCUCGAGUACCUGCUCUACUGCGAAGACUGCCACCAGAUCCGAUGUCCGCGCUGUGUCUCGGAGGAGAUCGUCACAUACUACUGCCCAAACUGCCUGUUCGAGGUGCCCAGCAGCACGAUCAAAAGCGAGGGAAACAGAUGCACCCGCAGCUGCUUCCAAUGUCCCGUAUGUAUUGGCCCGCUUGCCGUGACGACCAUCGAGACGAAGCCCGACCCGGGCCUGCUGGCUGCCACCGACAACACGGCCGCACCACACUCCGGACCGUACGCCCUGACCUGCUCCUACUGCAACUGGAGCUCGACCGAGGUCGGCAUCAAGUUUGAUAAGCCGAACAGCAUACAUGCUCAGUUGGCGAAGCUGCGCAAUGGGGGAACCACCAGGCUGACGGCCAAGGAGCGGAAGGAACGGCGUAAGGAUCCGUCCUACCGGUCCCAAGCCGCCAUAGCAGCAGGAGCGACAGCAAUAGCAGGGAGCGAGGGAGGAGGCGGCCCCGAAAGUGGAGAGAAGCUGGACUUAGAAACGCAGUUUGCAAACCUCAAGUCCUUCUACCAGCGGCAGCUCGCGGACCCAAACUCGGCCGACACCGGGCUGGCGUCGCUGAGCGACCUGGGCUUCUCCUCGCCGGCCUCGCUCUCCCGCAUCAUGAGCAUCUACACUGGCGGCAGCUUGCAGGAUAAGAAGGCCAAGUCACGGGUAGGCGCCAUGCGGGAAGCGCUCGAGAGCGACGAAGGGCUGCAAGUCGCCGACCUGGACGAGUCGACGGGCAUCGAGAAGCUCCAGGCCGACGGCCACGAGGGCACCGCGUCGACCACGCAACUCCUCGACCAGAUCCCCCACCUCGGCGAAGCGCACCUUCACGGCCGCGGCCGCUUCGUGUCCGAACUCCGCCCGAUUCCCUACUUGCUCCGCACCAAGCGCUCCAAGCGCUGCCCCGUGUGCCGCCACAUCAUCAGCAAGCCCGAGGCCAAGAUCCAGACCACGCGCUUCCGCAUCCGCCUCGUCGCGGGCAGCUACAUCCCCAGCAUCGCCAUCCGCCCGCUAUCCCUCUCCUCCGGCUCCUCCUCCGGGAGUAACGUACCAGGCGCGCUGCUCGAGCCGCUGAAGCCGACGCAUUACCUCCUCACCUUCCGCAACCCCAUCUUCGAAACCAUCAAGGUCACGCUCGGCGCACCGGCCACGACGCCGGGCCGCUUCCCCAGCAAGGUGACGGUGCUGUGCCCCGAGUUCGAGAUCGACGCCAACACGGACGUGUGGGACGAGGCGCUCAAGGACAACGGCGGCAGCAGCAACGUCGGAGAGCGGGGAGAGAGGCGGCGAUCAUCGCGGCGCGGGCAGCAGCAACAGCAGCAGCCAACCGCCGAGGAUAGUAGCGGUAGUGGUAAUGGUCAUAAUAAUGCCCAGAAUCAGCUGGAGGUGGGCAAGAUCUGGGAGCGCGGAAGGAAUUGGGUCAGCAUCGUUGUCGAGGUCGUUCCUGCGUCGCUUAAGAUUGAUGAUGAUAUUAAAAGUGCUGGGGAUAAUAGUAGUACUAGUAGUAAAGUGUUGAGGGAGGAUGAGGAUGUGCUGGAAAUACCCAUGUUUGUCAGAGUGGAGUGGGAGAGCGACCCCGGGGGCGAUGAGGUUGCUGUUGCUGCCAGGGAUGCGAGUACUGGUAGGGAGAAGCGGGAGCUGGCGUAUUGGUGUGUGCUUGGCCUUGGGAGGAUUCGGCGGUGAUAAAAUUAUCCUACGCUUUGCAGGCAGUUGAAUGAUAUGAUACCCUGGGACCGAUUUGUAUCACGAAAGCAAGGUU